GGCUUCCUGGAAUACCAUAAUCGAUUGAGCCGUGCCGCCAGCGGCGACCCGAGAUACGUAACCCCGAGGGUCAGGAGCGAUGUGUGUAACUUUUCGUGUCGCAGGGCCAGACUAAGCUCUGAUUCUGAAACGAUGAUGGGCGGCUGAACGGUGUUUACGUUUCACUAAAUUCGCAGAAAUUUUGAAGAAUUCGACGUCUGAGGACUUGUAAUAUCCCGCUCACGCCGGGCGAGUGUAAUUGGCCGCUCGCCAGCGGCGCAUGCCGCGUCACCUGCCCGCCCGCCCGCCAGCCAGCCAGACGGCUGGCCGGGCGAUUGUGACGUCACGCCUAGCAACCAGGUGAGCUGAUCGUAAACAAAAGAACUCUCCGUUGCUAUGAGCAGCUGGCCCUGUAAACGUGGCUGGUGCGUGGUUGAGUGAGGUGCGCUUGAUAGUGUACUGCGCUUUGAAAUGCCUUUGUGAUACCGAAGUGGGGCCGUAUAAUGUGACAGUGAGAUUCUAGUAGGGCUGAGCCGACCCGGAUGUGUGGAAUCGAUUUAUCGUGCUUCUUCGUCUCGAACCAUGACGGUUUCGUCCGGUUCUUGACGUUUGGUGCCGGCUUUUUUGUCCUGCACCUUUGGUGAAUUAUGAGUGGUAAGCGCAAGCCAUCCACAGCAUCGAAUAACGCUUCGAGUGAUGAGGAGGACGUGGGACGGACGGCAGACAGCAAACAUGACACUUCAGACACUGGCUAUGAAUCAGUGGGCUCACCUGGGAGCGUCAGCACCAUCAGCGUUUGCAGCGAGCAAGCGCUGGAGGAGUUGCGCGCUUCCCAGCCUCCUCCAGGGUCAGGCCUUUGGCCAGGUGCUCGGGAAACCUCUGGUGCUCGACCGAAGACGCAGCCGAAGAAGAAGAAGAACCAGGUGGCACUGUGUGAGCAGGCGGAAGUCAGCGACGACCACGAGUCUGUUCUCUUGACGCCUAAAAGUCGGUACAAACGAGAGCCGCUGCCGAUGAAGCUGAGGGCGCUGCCGCAGUCGUUCUGGCAGCAGCCCAACGCCAACAGCACGUCUCCGAGCAGCGCCGCCCUGCCGCCGCUGGUCACCACCGCCAGGGACUCGCAGGACCUCAGCGACGUGCGGCCCAUCACUCCGCCGGACCGCUCGGACCGCGAGCGUACCCGCAGCCUCACCGUCGGCAACACGGACCUGCUGUUCUCGCUGUUUGACGGCGUGGACCCGAGCGUCCAGCGGCGCCGCGUGGCCAUCGUCAAACGCGGCAGGCCGAAGAAGGUGACGUCCACGCUGCCGCGCGUCUCUCUGGAUGACGACCCGUACAUGUCGAGCGCCGCGUCCGACCCCAUCCUUCCGCUGUUGCCGGAGCGAACCAGUCAGCCGGGCACGCCGGCCGCCGGCCGCGGCACGCAGAUUCUCUCGGUGGUGCAGAUCCCCGGCGGCGGCCGGGAGACCAUCUGCCUGCCCUCACUGAGCGUCGAACACAACUACUCCAGUGUCCUGUCGCAGCUGGUGAUGAAGCUCUGAACACUGCGUCAGUCGGCUGAUAAUCACAUGAGUGUGACGUCACGUCACUCAGAGGUGACGUCACACCGACCCGAGCUGGGAGUGGCGAGCGAGUCGGGAGUGUGUGUGUGUGAGCUGAGCUGGUGAGGGACUCAGUGGGGGUGUGUGAGCUGAGCUGGCGAGUGACUCAGUGAAUUUGUGUGAGCUGAGCUGGCGAGUGGCUCAGCUGUGCGCUGGGUCCUGUGCGGUGUGAACUGUGCUUUAUCAGUCCAGAUCUGUCAGUUGUGAUCUGUGUGAUGUGUCCUCUGCAUGGGUUUCGUGUGUGCUGUUGCGUGUGUAUAUUUAUCAGAUCCGUCCAGCCCGGAGGACUAAGGCCCUAUCGAAUCCGUCCAUAUCGAAUAUCAAGUGUUAUGUGCAAGUACAAACGUGAUCGCUGUAAAUAGGAUGAGAUGUGAGCCAUAUUUUCAGAGCGCACUGUCGGUAAUCGAGCCGUCCGCCGGAGAUUUGUGGCUCACAAAACUCUAUUUUGUAAGGCAUCUCGACGUGAUGGUGCGCCUGUGCUUUGUGGAGAGCGUUGAAUAUGCUAUUUAAGCUCCUACCGUAGUGGGUAGUCAUUAGAGUAGAUCUGUUUCACCGGCCUGCACUUAGAUGUGAGACAGUUUUUCACCCGCACCAGUGGCAUGGCUCUCUCACACAUAGCGGUUUGCAUGUUGUCACAAAUAAUGUUUUAUUCCCGGUCAUACUUUAUGCUGCAAAAUGAAUGCUGUUUCAGUUUGCCUUUUUAUACAAAACAGUCAAAAAUUCGUGGUAGUUCUGAAAGAUCUAAAGUUAGUCAUGAUAUAGAUAUGUCCUCUUUUACAAUAUGUGAUCUAGUCAUCACCCAUGAUGUGAGCUGUACUUAUUAAAUAUAUGUUUUUAAUAUAAAUCUGAUUCAGAUUAAGGUUUAUUUGGGCUAAAUUAAUCUUAUUUAUUAGACGUAGUCUCUAUGUACACAUCUGAGAAGUAUAUGGCAAUGUGUAAUCGGCGCUCGCUUUAGUCGAGGUAUCAUAGUUACAGAUUAUCCUCAGCUCCUGGCUCGGACCUCUUUCGCAUGUCGCCCGUCCUCAUGCUCUUCUUACAGUGAGAUACCGCCUUAUGUGUUUAUCGGUAGCCGCGAGUCCGUCAAUGUCCAGUGCUACCAAACGGUCCCGUCCAGCCUAGAGUCCUCAAUGUCCAAUACUGUCAAACGAUCCCGUCCAGCCUAAAGUCCGUCAAUACCCAGUGCUGUCAAACGACCCUGUCCAGCCACUAGCCCGUCAAAUGUCCUCUAUCAAACGAUCCCGUCCAACGAAUGCCUGUGUAAUGUUUAUACCGCACCCUUCGUUGAGUUCGUUAUAACUGGUGACGUGAGUCUGGCGACGGGGGCUCGCCCUAUAUACUCUGGGCUCGCCGAGCUGGGACACCCGCCUCCGUGGCCACCGCCAUCCUGCAACGCUUACCAGCACGGCUUCUUUUCGAGUUUGUUUACGCUAGUCUCCGCUCCGCACCGCAGCCUCGCACGUUUGCUACGUCGAGCGUUUUGUUGCGCGCUAUUUUCUGCGCUCGUCGCCGGUCUGAUUUACCGUCUGCUGUUUUGUCGGGGCGUGUGAGCCUGGUGGAGGUGUCUGACUGGUACAGACGCCGCCCAUCGCGGCUGGGACAGAGGCAGGGCGUCGGCCGGCUCCUGCGCCGUCUGCCGGCGCUGCGCCGCCUGCCGGGUACGGCCCGUCACCCCGUUACAGUACCGCCCGCCGGGUAUGAUGGUACCGCCCGCUGGGUACGGCCCGUCACCCCGGUACAGUACCGCCCGCCGGGUACGGCCCGUCACCCCGGUACGGUACCGCCGGCUGGGUACGGCCCGUCACCCCGGUACGGUACCGCCGGCUGGGUACGGCCCGUCACCCUGGUACGGCGGUACCGCCCGCCGGGUACGGCCCGUCACCACGGUACAGUACCGCCCGCCGGGUACGGCCCGUCACCCCGGUACGGCGGUACCGCCGGCUGGGUACGGCC